CGCCAUAUUGGUUGAGAAAGUCGAUGCAGAGCAAGGGGUACAAGCUGCCCCUCAUAAUCUUGAAGAGCGAAUUUUGGAUCACAACAAUCUCUCGAACACUAUUUAUGUGUCGGAAACUGUAAAGACUGUUUAACUGAGGCAGGGACAGCUCAGGGUACGCUCGCUUCGUCGUUGUUACGACUUGUCUGCAGAUUAUGACUUCCCUGACCCAGAGGAGCUCAGGCCUGGUGCAGAGGCGGACCGAGGCCUCUCGCAAUGCCGCUGCCGACAAAGAGAGGGAAUCUGGGGAUGAAGACUACGAAUCACGUCGUGGGGAUGAACUGGAAGAUGAUGACAAGGGAGAUUCCAAAGAAACUCGGCUCACGCUCAUGGAGGAAGUCCUGCUUCUAGGGCUGAAGGACCGAGAGGGGUACACUUCCUUCUGGAAUGACUGCAUCUCCUCGGGGCUGCGCGGUUGCAUGCUCAUCGAACUGGCCUUAAGAGGACGGCUGCAGCUGGAGGCUUGCGGAAUGAGGAGGAAAAGCCUGCUAGCCAGGAAGGUGAUUUGUAAGUCUGAUGCUCCUACUGGGGACGUCUUGCUGGAUGAAGCUUUGAAACACAUCAAAGAGACCCAGCCACCAGAAACGGUGCAGAGCUGGAUCGAGCUGCUGAGCGGCGAGACGUGGAACCCUUUAAAACUGCACUACCAGCUGAGGAACGUGCGGGAGCGGCUGGCCAAGAACCUGGUGGAGAAGGGCGUGCUGACCACCGAGAAACAGAACUUCCUGCUCUUCGACAUGACCACGCACCCGCUCACCAACAACAACAUCAAGCAGCGGCUCAUCAAGAAGGUCCAGGAGGCGGUGCUGGAGAAGUGGGUCAACGACCCGCACCGCAUGGACAGGCGCCUGCUGGCCCUCAUCUUCCUGGCGCACUCGUCCGACGUGCUGGAGAACGCCUUCGCCCCGCUGCUGGACGACCAGUACGACCUGGCCAUGAAAAGAGUACGGCAGCUGCUGGACUUGGACCCCGAGGGGGAGAGCAUGAAGGGCAGCACGCACGAUCUCCUCUGGGCCGUGGUGGCGGCCUUCACCAAAUGAGCCCCGCGGCGGAGGAAGCGCCGUCCCGGGACCUUGGAGCUCGGACUCCGGAGGCAGUGGUGUUUGGCACGGUCCUCCCCCCCCCCCCCCCCCCCCCCCCCCCGCGUGGCAAACGAACGGUUGACUCUGGGUCUGCAGACACGUCAUUCUGUCACAUUAACCUGGCUUGUAGAUAGACCCCCCCGCCCCCCCCCCCACCACCCCUCCCAUUCCGUGCCCUUUUAUACUCUCCGUGAGACCCUGUGUAGUUUAAUCGCUCACGUUGCUAUUCCAGCCAACUGAACUCUGACGUGAAAGUCCCGUCUGGUUUUUAAAAGCCGCUGCUUGGUGGCGGAGGGGAAUGGGGGAUCUUUUCUGGGGGUUUCGACUCGGAGAUGAUUCUGAUUUCGGCUAGGACCUACCUGGUAAAUCUGUCAUUUUUUUAUUAAAUGGAUGUUUUUUUCUUGAGUGUGCAUCCUGGGCUAAAGUACUUUAAUAUUCAACAUCAUGCCCUUGUGUGGUCAGUAAUGUUAAUAACAACUGCCCCCCACCCGCCCUUUUUUCCUUCCAUGCACCUUCUGAUCCUAACAGCACAACAAAAUGAGGUGGCCCUGGAAUCCUGUGUUUGAGAGAGGGGGGAAAGCUUUUAAAAUUUAAAUUCCAUACAUAUUUUACUCCCAAUCCUUUACAAACAAAUUACAUGUACUCGUUUUCAUAAAACAUGUAUUUACAAUAAAACGCAAAAACACUAAUUACACAUUUUCAUGUGGUUACGCCUUGUAUGUAAGGAAGAUUUAUGCUUCUGUUUGUAAUAUUGAUUAAAUCUAUGAUCUGUUUAUUUUUCUAACUUAAAUAAUCAAUGCAAAAAAAAAAUAUAUAAAUUCUAGCCAACUCAGCUGCUUGCUACUUAACAAAUCACGUUUUCAAUGGAGCGAACUUGGGGUUGGGUACAUUCCAGUGUGUUUUGUAAAUAGUUUGUAGUGUAUUCUGACACUCGUAGCCAGUUUUACGGAAUGGAUCUGGCGUGCAGUUGAGGUAUAACUAACUUUCGGUAUGAUUUGGUCUACCAUCACAAGCCAUGCCAUUCAGAUGUCGUAGUCACAACAUAGUCAGGUACUCCAGAAUACAGCUCUCAACUCCUUUUGGCUCUGCCACAGUGAAUCACAAGUUUACUUAUGGAAAUUACUCUGUAAAGGAAGCCUUUGACCAAUUAUUCAGGUUAUUUUCUUGAACUUUUCUUUUUGAAACAGAUGAAAUGUCUGUACUUUAGUUAUGAAUUGCAUAUCCUAUGCUAUAUGUCAUAUUCAUAUUAUUUUGCAUUUCACUCAUUUUAUAUUCUUUUUUUAAUGUUAUGCAAUUAUGGCUUGCUUUAUUUUAGCUACCUUCACUUUUGCGUUUAUGUAUGCAAUUUAUUGAGAAAAUAAAUAGACACUGAAUUGGAGGCAUAUAGUACACUUUUGACAGGGGGUUUAAAUGUCUGAAAGUUUUGUUAAUAUGGUCUUCAGAGUGAAAGAUACUAAAUCUAUAACUGUAGACUUGACAUUAAAGGGAUCCCUCUUCUGUAUACUGCUUUUUACCAUACAAUAAACUAAGAUCAUGGAAGUGCCUGAAAGAGA